CGUAGUUUAUCGGUGCGCGUCUCCCUCGUCAGACACGGGCGCCCUAUUGCCUCUGCACAACGACUGGAGCGCUGGAAACGGAGCAGAAGAGAUGCGCAGAAUGUAAAUCUCAGCUCAAAAGUCUCCCGUCCUCUUGUUUGGGAGUGAUUCAAGCGCCGUGUUACCGCGGAGAGACUACAGCACCGUUGUGUCCGGCAGUUCCUGAGAAACCGGAGCUCUGAGAUUCGUGGGCUAAUUGCGUGGGUGCUUCGGGGAAUACAGAGAGGAAGAGCAUCUCUUUCUUGCAGCGACAGGAGAUACAUAUUUUGUGUAUUUGGUCUGCUGGACAGAGGUACACACACUCGACUGCUGAUCUGUGGACGCUGGUGUAACCUACUCUCGGCGCCUCUCCCUGGACUCUGGCUCAUUGAGCUUGCAUACCCAGUUGUGGAAAUGGUUCCGUUAUCAAUCUGCUGUAAAGACAGCCCAUAGCACCGGUUCUAUUCAAUUCAUACAUGCAGUGGGAUAAAUGAUAAACUCAAAGGCUGGUCUUCUAAUUUCAUGAAAAAGAGGAAAACAGCACUUAUUUCAGCAGUUUGAUUAAGAGUCUUGUAUUCAAGGGAAAAGCAUUCCAUUCACAAUUGGAUGAGAGUCUUAUUUGCCCUUGGCAACUGAAGAUGAUGUUACUAUGGAAACGGCUUGUGCUCCUAUCAAUCAUUGGCUGCCUUACAGGUUAUGCAGAGGAUGAAAUGUUCCAAGGCCCAACCUGGAGGAUGGAACCUAGUGACCUAGUUCUUCCCAUCGAUUCCCCAGACCAGGAGAUCACAAUAACAUGUGAAGCAGCAGGAACUCCUGCUCCACAGUACAGAUGGUCCCUAAACGGAACGCUCAUCGAUCUCGGAAGUGACUACCGGCGUCACAUGUCUGGGGGCAGCCUGAUCAUUAAUGGUCUGGACAGAAACCAAGAUAUGGGAACAUAUCAGUGCAUUGCUUUCAACACACGAGGAACCAUCCUUAGCAGGAAAGCAAAUCUACAGUUUGCAUACAUAGAAAAUUUUAAAACCCAAACAAGGAGUGCUGUCUCAGUUCGAGAAGGACAAGGGGUAGUUUUGUUAUGUGGGCCACCUCCACAUUCUGGAGAGCUUACUUUUGCAUGGGUCUUCAAUGAGUACCCAUAUUUUGUCCAACAAGACAGUCGUCGCUUUGUGUCUCAGGAAACAGGGAAUCUGUACAUUGCAAAGGUGGAGCCCUCGGAUGUGGGCAACUACACCUGCGUGGUGAUCAACAGUAUCACGAAAGGAAAAGUCCUCAGUUCCCCUACACCUCUGGUCCUGAGGACAGAUGGAGCAAUGGGCGAAUACGAGCCAAAAAUAGAACUCCACUUCCCAGACACCGUUCCGGCUGCAAAGGGGUCGGUAGUUAAACUGGAGUGCUUCGCUCUGGGAAACCCAGUCCCCGAAAUAACCUGGAGGAGAACAAACGGGGUUCCGUUUCCAGGCAAAGUGAAAAUGAGGAAAUCCAAUGCUGUCCUGGAAAUCCCCAGUUUUCAGCAGGAUGACAUGGGGACUUACGAGUGCAUAGCGGAGAACAGCAGGGGCAAGAACACGGCACGUGGCCGUCUCUCCUUCCAUGCAAAACCCCAUUGGACCCAGACAACGAGAAACACAGCUCUGUCGAUUGAGGAGAGCCUCUACUGGGAGUGCAAAGCCAAUGGGAAACCCAAACCUUCAUACAGUUGGCUGAAGAAUGGGGAGACUCUACACACUGAGAUUGCUGUGUCUAAUUUACAGGGCCGAGUGCAAAUCGAAAAUGGAGCCCUUUCGAUAUCGUCUCUAAACCUGUCAGAUGCUGGGAUGUAUCAAUGUGUGGCUGAAAACAAACACGGCAUUAUUUAUUCUACUGCUGAGCUAAUGGUGCUAGCCUCGUCACCCACUUUCUCCAAGCACCCAUUACAGUCAUUGCUUAAAGCACGCUCAGGCAGUGAGGUCACCCUAGAGUGCAAGCCCCAAGCUUCACCCAAAGCAAUUAGCCUGUGGAAGAAGGGGAAUGAGAUUCUGCGCAGAAGUGAAAGAAUCGCUCUCCUUCCUGAUGGAACUCUGAGGAUCUCCAAUGUCACCAAGAAGGAUGGCGGGAGCUACACCUGUGUAGCCAGAAACCAGUUUGGAGUUGCAAGCACAACUGGGAGACUGCUAAUCACUGAGCCAACAAGGAUCACUCAGGGCCCAACGAACAUGGAGAUCAUUGUAGGGGAGAGCAUUGUGCUGCCCUGCCAGAUUGCCUGUGACCCAGCCCUUGAUGUGUCCUUCACUUGGGCUUUUAAUGGACAGCUUAUUGACUUCAACAAGGAUGGGGAUCAUUUUGAAAGAGUCGGAGGGAUUAUUGCUGGCGAUUUGAUGAUCAGAAACAUACAGCUGAAUCACGGUGGAAAGUACGUCUGCAUCAUUGACACAGAUGUGGAGAGUUUGUCAGCUGCUGCCAUCUUGAUUGUGAAAGGUCCUCCAAGCGCUCCGGACAGUGUAGCAGUGGAGGAGAUCACAGACAGCACGGCCCAGCUCUCCUGGAGUCCUGGCAGAGAUAAUGGAAGCCCCAUCACCGGCUACAUCAUCCAGGCGAGGACCCCGUUUACUGUGGGAUGGCAGGCGGUUGAUACAGUUCCGGAAGCCAUUGACGGAAACACUCUGACGGCGACUGUGGUGGAUCUGAAUGCCUGGGUGGAGUAUGAGUUCAGGGUGGUGGCCAGAAACAGUGUGGGAAUGGGGGAGCCCAGCCCUCCUUCCAUCAAGACUAGGACAGAGGAUGCUGUCCCUGAUACAGCUCCCACGGACGUCGGAGGCGGGGGUGGCACCAAAUCAGAAUUAGUAAUAACAUGGGAGCCCGUGCCCGAGGAACUGCAAAAUGGCGAGGGCUUUGGGUACAUCAUUGCCUUCCGUUCCCUGGGCGCGGUUACCUGGACGCGCGCUGUCAUCUCAACCCCUGGGCUGGCCCGCUACGUGUACAGAAACGACAGCAUCCCACCGUUCUCUCCUUUCGACGUUAAGGUUGGAGCGUACAACAACAGAGGGGAGGGGCCCUUCAGUUCAAUAGCCACAGUGUUCUCUGCAGAGGAAGUGCCAAGCAUCGGUCCUGAGAGAGUUGUGGCUAGAAGUAUUUCUGCAUCGCAAAUUGAAGUAGCCUGGGCAGCCUUGCCUCCGAUUUCGGAAAGAGUCCUUGGAUACGAGGUGAUAUAUUGGGAAGAUGAUACCAAGCCUGAAACUGUGGGGAAAAUGAGAAUCUCUGGAAAUUACUCUUCCCUUAACGUCAGUGGGCUCAAAGGAAGCAGUCAGUAUUUUUUAGCCGUCAGUGCUUUUAACACUGCCGGAACUGGCCCUCAGUCCGGGUCUGUCAACGCCACCACUAAAAAGCCACCCCCAGGACAGCCCCCACUGAAUAUAGAGUGGACUCUGAUUGGCUCUCAGCUCACCCUUCACUGGGAUCCUGUCAUUGCCUUGGAGACAGAGUCAGAAGUCACUGGAUACCAAGUCUCAUACAGAAGACAGCGACAUGGUGAUAUGAACGCAGUCGCCACUAACAGAACUACAGCAGAACUGACCCUUUCUGCCAAUGACGACUAUCUCGUCCAGGUCAAAGCCUUAAGUGAAGGAGGAGAGGGUGUAGGAAGUGAACCUAUCCAUAUUCACAAAUUAAGCAUGGGUGCGCGAGGCUCAGGAGCAUCGGAGUCCAUCUCCCUCUGCCUUGCACUGCUCUUCAUCACAGUUGUCUCCACAUUCAGGUCCAGUUUCAUCUGAGCGCUGAGACAAAGGUCUCCAGCUUCAUCUUAGCGUUUUCUUUACUCUAAAUGUGUGAGCGGAGAUAUGUUCACCCCUCUGUGGUUUUAUGUAUAUUUAUGCAUCUGAACUGGAAUUCUAAUUCAUACGAAAAAAUGCUAAUAAUAAUAUGGACGGCAAGUAUGACAUAGCGGGGUAAUGCAUAUUGUAAUUUGAAAUGUUAAAAAAUACCACAAAUAAUAAAUUUGCAUGCAUGUUCUUAUGCACUGUACCACCUUAUGUCAUAUUUAUGCCAUCACACUAGUGUAUGAAAAGGUUUCAGGAUAUUUAUGCCAACUAUACAUAUUUCCAUACAGGAAUACUGAUGUCAACAUUACUAAUUUAUUUGCCUCGAGGAUCCUUGAAAAAUACAAAUGCCUUAAUUCCAUUUACAUACCAAAGUAGUUGACAAAAAUGCAUAUCAUAUUUGUUUCUGUUGGUGCCAUUGUUUAAAAAAACACACUUUUAGGGUCAUUGUUUCUCACAAGUAUUCUGAUAGGUCUGAAAUAACAUCCCAGUUGAGAGUUUGUAUUGUAAUGGAUUCACCUAAAGGUUUAUGUGUGGUCAUUUAAGGUUGUCUGAGAUGAUAUGAUGAAAAUCUUUCUAAAUUCUUAAUUUUAAUGGAUUGCAUUUAAGAUUAAUGGAGUGGCAACAGUGUAAAUCAUCAAAUAUGUCAAUGUGUGAACUCUUUAAAUACCCUUGUCUUUAUGUGAAAGCCAGUACCAGGCAGCAAACCUGCCAACUGUAAUUGGAACUAUUUCAGCCCCUAAUUAGCUAAACGAGGUGGUAAAAUGCAAAAAGCGGCCAAAGUUUGCCACUUUGUCAUCUGUGUGAUUUGUUUUGCUAAAAUUGGAUAGAUCAGCUUAGCUUUAUGACCCAGACAUUGAGGUGUUUGCCAGAUGGAGUAAAAGCAAAAUACAAUUUAAAAAUGAACACAAUGUAUGCCAUUUAUAUGUAUGUCUUUAUUAACAGGGACCAGGGCUAGAAACUAGUACAAUCACCUGUGCCUCUAAACAAACUCACAACUAUUGUUUCAUAAUAAAAUAUGUCCUUAAAGAUUUUACAAAAAAUGAAGAUCCUCCUCACUGCACAUUUGGUCAAAUGUAAUAUUUUAUACUGUGCUUUUUGGUUUAUAUAUUAUAAAAGCAUAGUAUGGUAUAUAUUCUGUGCACAGUGAAGUGUUCUCUGAAUUUAAGUCUAUAGAGCAUCUGCAUGAUGCUUUUUCAUGUUUUAUUUUUAUUUUAUUUUUUUCUUAAGACUCACUUUUGGUUCGAACACCACCCCUUUCAUAAUAUCACCAGUAAUUUGCUUGGGCCUGCAUCAAUGACACAGAAAAUGACGACUUAAACUAAAACUAGUGCCUUCACUAGAAAAUAUGUGUAUGACUCAAGUUACUUGGGAGAGCCAUAAAUCCCAACCUUAUCAGUGAUAUUUAACUAAGCUAAGUUAGAAGGCUAAGAGCACAGAUGUGAAAUGCAUUAAUGAUAACAGAGUGCUUAUUAAAGAUGCAGAUACUGAUAAUCACAAAAGCAUUGAAUGCUGGGAUGACAGGAGAGAUGGACUGGGAAUUCCUGAAAAUUACCUUCUGUACAUGUCUGGUCAACUACACACCCCAGCACAAUAAAUGUAAGCCCAGAUCCAUGGUGUGAUUUAUGAGCUGUUAUCUAAAUAAAAUACACUAUGGUGGGGGAAAUCAAAAUGAAAUAAAAAAUGGGAAAAUUCUAGCAAAUGUAUUGGGAUCUACUAGAAGAACCACAGCAUGUCAUGACAGUACCAGACACAUGGAUGGACAGUGAAAGAGUUAACAGGAAGGCUUUUCCUGGAUGCUUCUGUGACCGGGUUGCACGUGGACUCCUGUUUUGUUAAAUGUGGCGUGGCAAAGCCGUUCACUCAGAGAGACUGUGCCUUCCAACCUGGCUUUGCUUUGACAACAUUUCGGGCAACGUCCGUGCAUUUGCACUUGUUUUCAAAGUCGAACGAAAGCACAAGGAAAUGAACCAAGGUGACACGAUGUCCCGCGGUGUUCAGCCACUGGAACAAGGCCCGCGGGCCCCUGAGGCCUCCGGAGCCCGCACAGCGCUCGCCAUGGCUGUCCUAUCUGCUCCUCCAGUGCUUUCGCCGAGGCCUGUGUUCCUUGAUUAGACUGCCGCAGCCGAGUCAAUGGGGUAUUGAUUUUUCUCUCCUAUUAUUGCAGCUGUCACAAUUCCGACGGCUGAUUGACUGAUGCCACUGUCCUGCUGUGGGUGUUGCUAGGUUAUGGUUUCAUAUGUCCUCCUGCUUCCCUAUCUCUGUUCUUCGACUUAUUUUUAGAACGGCAUUGCAUACCAAAACUUAUGUUUAACAUGACUUUCACCCUUUUAACCAAUGAAAAUAUUCAACUAUGGAAAGACAAAAAACAACAAAAAAACAAACAAAAAACAAAGUUAUCGGAAAUGUAAUAUACGUGUAAUAAUUUUGAAUCAUGUUCCCUUGUUGCUGAGAAGUUGUGUUAACUCCAUUGCUAUUGUAAUUUAUCAGUACUCGAGUGAUAACAUUUUAUUUUGUUAUUUAAGUGGGCUCGGAAACUAUAUUAGAUUAUGGUCAGUGGGUUUGUAAUACUUAGCACUUACAAAUCUACCAAAUGAUGGAAAUGAAAGUUUUCAUUCAGUUCUUUAAAGGUCAAGUGUUGUGAGAGUGAAAUUGCUGUUAAAGUAAACACGCCUAGAGCAGAGCUCUCAUUAAUAGCAUGCUCAGAUUGUGCAGUUUCAAGGUAACUGCACUGUUUGGGAAGGGAUUCCAACACUGCAGGGCAAAGCAAAAAUGAAAAUAUUUGCCAAUACUAAAAAGGGAGUGAAACAUCACUAAAGUGACAAAACAAAAAAUGCUAAAUUGCUUAAAAAAAGAAAACAAAACAAAAUGAUGUAAACCCGAGGGCACCCAUUGUUAUUCAGAACCCAAAAGAGGAACAAAGAAAUAGUUUCUGCAAUAGCAUUCACCUGAAAGCCAAUUUUUUAUUCACUUGUGCAAUGAUGAACAUACACAUUCCAAAAUGAGCUUUUGGUCUCACUUUAUAUUAAAUGGGCAGUCUUUUACAUUGGGAGUGCAUAAUGAAAAACCAUGCUAUAUCUAUGUAAGUAAAUGUUUUGAUGCAGUAAUGAAGAAGAAAAGUUGACUUUGAGUUUCAGUGUCCCCUUCCUGAACAUUUAUGCCAUCAUUGCCGAGCUCAGAUCAGACUUGUCUUGGUGUUCUUGCAUAGGAAUUACAAUUACUCUGUACUUAUUGUAGAUUUUUAUCUAUUCAUGUGUAUUAUAAGUGUCAUAACUGCCCAUUUAAUGUAAGGGAAAGCCCAGUGUUCUGAGUUGCUUAUACGAAAGAACAUUUUUAUGUGUAUAUUGUAUUAUCCCUCGUAAGCUAUAAAAUGAAUUGGAAACAAGAUGCUGUAUCUUUGUUUAUACUGCAGGCAAUGAUUCUAAUAAAACUUUAUGCUAAAUAUGUAAAUGUUAGACCCAAAAUGCAAGGGCACAAGGGUGUAUGAAAUAUAACUAAAUCAACUGGAAAAUGGAUUUAGAUAUGACACUGAUACAUUUCAGAUGAAAAUAAAUGUCAAAUAAAUAGAAAAGAUAUCUCUGAUACAGCAUGACAUAUUGUUAAAAUAAUAACUUUAGCUAUUUUUUAUUUCUAAUUGGCCAUAAAAGUCUAACUUUGGUGAAACUUUAUUUGACAGUGUUCAUCAUGACAUUGAAAUGACAAUGCCAUUAACGUGAAAUAAUACCUGUCAUGAAGGGUCAUGUCCUUUCAUAACUAUGAAAUACUGUUGUAAUGAAACAAUCUGCAGUUUGUGUUACACAACUGAUAUAGCAGCAUGUAUAAGAAGGCUCACUGUUCCUGGGGUGUUAUAACACAGAUUCUCCAUGAUAUUUUGAAAUGAUUAUGCCAAUAAUUACUGUACUUGAAAGUUAUGUCAUUGUGUGUCAGCUUGUCAAAUAGAGAUACUUCAUGCAAAACACCUUGUCAUGAGUUUAUAUUUUUUAUAUGUAGGUACAGCUCAGUUCGCCUUGAUAGAUUAUAUCUAUAUAUAAUAGAUUAUGUAUCGAUGUCCAUUUGCUGUGAAACAUACCUUAACCUCUGUACCUCACAACUACAAUAUAAAAUGAGUCCAUUUUCUGGUCACAGAAUUUUCAAGAAUGGGUAAGGACAAUGCAAAUUAAACUUAAGUAACAACAUGAUCAGCAAAGUGACAUGACCCUAUCUUCAUGGGAAUAUAUCCACCUGUCUCUUUAAAGUGACUGUAGAAAUUAAUUUCAGAAGAUAUGGUUCUUCAAGAGGUUAAGGUAUGUUCUACAGCGAAUGGACAUUGGUACAUAAUCUAUCAAAAUGAAAUCAAUCCAAAAACUAAUGGCAAUGUGUUUUGCAAGCUGGCACACUGACAUAGCUUUUGGCUAAUUAUUGACAUAGUCAUUUUCCAAUUGUGUGGUUUUGACACCCCUGACAUAGUGAUCCUUCUUUCUUGCAAGUUAUGUCAGUUGUCUCUUAACACAAACUACUGAUUGCUGAUCAUGUUGUUACUUAAGUUUAAUAUGCAUUGUCCUUACCCAUUCUUGCAAAUUCUGUGACCUGUAGUUGUGAGGUACAGAGGUUAAGGUAUGUUUCACAGCAAAUGGACAUCGAUACAUAAUCUAUCAAGGUGAACUGAGCUGUACCUACAUAUAAAAAAUAUAAACUCAUGACAAGGUGUUUUGCAUGAAGUAUCACUAUUUGACAAGCUGACACACAAUGACAUAAGUACAGUAAUUAUUGGCAUAAUCAUUUCAAAAUGUCAUGGAGAAUCUGUGUUAUGACACCCCAGGCACAGUGAGCCUUCUUAUACAUGCUGCUAUAUCAGUUGUGUAACACAAACUGCUGAUUGUGUCAUAACACCGAUAUGUCAUAGCUAUGAAAGGACAUGACAUUUCACAACAGGUAUUAUGUUACGAUAACGACACUGUCAUUUCCAUGUCAUGACAACCUCUGUCAAAUAAAUUGCUGCCAUCUUUUUUUUUUUUUACAACACUUGGCCUUUGAUUUUAAUACUGCUGUAUUAAUUCAAUGCUUUGUGAUCUCCAUGAGAUGACCAGUCUAAAAUAGUGUUUUCAUAUUGAAAAGCAAUUGGUUUGUCUUGUAUACUAAAGUUGUGCAUGUGAAAUAUUGUUUGGUGCAUUUGUGUUGAAAUUUUAUAAAAACUAACUUAAUAAAAAUGUUUGCAGCUGCA